AUUCGGCUCGCCGCUCGGCCGGGACCCGCGCAGCGCCAGUGGCUCGGGGGUCGGCCCCCGCCUCCUUCCCCACCCGGGCCUAGAGCCACCCCCAACCAGAGGCCAGAGACUGAGCUGGAGCGGCUGCCGCAUCCCGGCCCAGCCUCCCUCCCAUCCCUCCCCCACGACUGGACAUCUGGACCCUGGGCCCCGCACUGACAGGGCUCCGGAAACCCUCUCCGCCCGGCUCAGCGGCCGGGCCCCGCACCGCCCUCUCCCCAGAGCCCCCAACCCUCCUCCAGUCCUGACUUCCGCCUACCCCUGGACACCUCCUCUGGGUCCCCUCCCUCCCCCCCUCCCCCAGCCUGGACCGGGGUAGGAGGGAGGGGGGGCGUGCGCCCUGCGCCGUCCCCGCCCCGCCCCCCGUGAUUCCCCCUGCAUGGCCGGCCCGGGUGGGGGAUGCGGGGGGGCCCGGGCGCCAUGCGGGGGGGGCACAAGGGGGGUCGCUGUGCCUGUCCCCGUGUGAUCCGAAAAGUGUUGGCAAAAUGCGGCUGCUGCUUCGUCCGGGGGGGACGUGAAUCCUAUUCCAUUGCUGGCAGUGAGGGGAGUAUAUCGGCUUCUGCUGCCUCGGGUCUGGCUGCCCUCUCUGGCCCCAACUCUGGCCUCAGCUCUGGCCCCUGUUCCCCCGGCCCCCCAGGGCCAGUCAGGGGCCUAAGGAGAUGGUUGGAUCAUUCCAAACAUUGUCUCAGUGUGGAAACUGAGGCAGACGGUGGUCAGGCGGGACCAUAUGAGAACUGGAUGUUGGAGCCAGCUCUAGCCACAGGAGAGGAGCUGCCAGAACUGACCUUGCUGACAACGUUGUUGGAGGGCCCUAAAGAUAAAACACAGCAAUCUGAAGAAGAGACUUUGUCCCAAGCCCCCAAGAGUGAGGAGGAACAGAAGAAGAAGGCUCUGGAAAGGAGUAUGUAUGUCCUGAGUGAACUGGUAGAAACAGAGAAAAUGUAUGUGGACGACUUGGGGCAGAUUGUGGAGGGUUACAUGGCCACCAUGGCUGCACAGGGGGUCCCUGAGAGUCUACGAGGCCGUGACAGGAUCGUGUUUGGGAACAUCCAGCAAAUCUAUGAGUGGCACAGAGACUAUUUCCUACAGGAACUACAGCGCUGUUUGAAAGAUCCUGAUUGGCUGGCUCAGCUAUUCAUCAAACACGAGCGCAGGCUGCAUAUGUAUGUGGUGUACUGUCAGAAUAAGCCCAAGUCAGAGCACGUGGUGUCAGAGUUUGGGGACAACUACUUUGAGGAGCUCCGGCAGCAGCUAGGGCACCGCCUGCAGCUCAACGACCUCCUCAUCAAACCUGUGCAGCGGAUCAUGAAAUACCAGCUGCUGCUCAAGGAUUUUCUCAAGUAUUACAGUAGAGCUGGGAUGGAUACUGAAGAGCUGGAGCAAGCUGUGGAGGUCAUGUGCUUCGUGCCCAAGCGCUGCAAUGAUAUGAUGACCCUGGGGAGACUGCGGGGAUUUGAGGGCAAACUGACUGCUCAGGGGAAGCUCUUGGGCCAGGACACAUUCUGGGUCACAGAGCCUGAAGCCGGGGGGCUGCUCUCUUACCGGGGUCGAGAGAGGCGCGUCUUCCUCUUUGAGCAAAUCGUCAUCUUCAGUGAGGCUCUGGGAGGAGGAAUGCGAGGUGGAACACAGCCUGGAUAUGUGUACAAGAGCAGCAUCAAGGUGAGCUGCCUGGGACUGGAGGGGAACCUCCAAGGCGACCCCUGCCGCUUUGCACUGACCUCCAGAGGGCCAGAGGGUGGAAUCCAGCGCUAUGUCCUGCAGGCUGCAGACCCUGCAAUCAGUCAGGCCUGGAUCAAGCAAGUGGCUCAGAUCCUGGAGACCCAGCGUGACUUUCUCAACGCAUUGCAGUCACCCAUUGAGUACCAGAGACGGGAGAGCCAGACCAACAGCCUGGGGCGGCCAGGAGGGCCUGGGGUUGGGAGCCCUGGGAGAAUCCGGCCUGGAGACCGGGCCCAGGGCAGCACACACACACCCAUCAAUGGCUCUCUCCCCUCCCUGCUGCUGUUGCCCAAAGGAGAGGUGGCCAGAGCACCCCUGCCCCCGGACGCACAGGCCCUCAGUGACAUGCCCCAGCCUCCUCGUGACCGUCCUCCUGUCCCUCCGACUCCAGACACCCCUCCCUGCCAGGCCAGACUUGCCAAGCUGGAUGAAGAUGAGCUGUAACUGGUGAAGACCCUGGGGGUGGUGCUGACUCUGCCACCUAGUCCUCAAGGAGCUCCAGGGCAAUCCUGGCACCACUCCAGAUUCCUCCCUCUUGGUGUUGAGUGGGUGGCCAAGGCUGGGAGUGAUACCAACUUGGAGGAGAGUACCUAGACCCAAAAGGACUUCUUUCUGCCCAAGGAACAUACAUUCCUUCAGCUCCCACCCCUAUGCAUGCAUCACAGUCCCCCCAAAAAGGAGGAUAUUGGGUGGGUAGGAGGGCAGGGGCCAGACAGAAAUGACUGGCUUUGUUUUUGAUUUUGGUUUUCCCUGUUUUCUGAGAAUAAAGGUUUUGUUAUAUCA